AUGAUCGCCGUCGCACGGCUGUCACCGCGUUGGACACCUGACAAUGUAGCGGUGGUCGACCUUGCUGUAGCACGAGGUCCUCCUCAGUACCAUGCGAGUGGCAUCAUCUACGGUAUUCUGGAUGCGGCAAAUCAGAUUCCAGACUCCUUCUACACUGAUAUUGGAUUACACUGGUUUCGAGCUGGUGGUGCACAGAUGGAUGCGCCAAAUCGUGGCUGGGUGUGGGGUGAACUUGAUGGACGGUGGGCGUCAGCUUUGAGCAAUUACCUCACCGUUCGUAAAUACGACGGUAAAUUCCAGCUUCUACUGCACAAUCUGUGGGGAACAGAUCACGCAGAUGAGUCAAUGGACUGGCCAGGUGAUGAUGGCGAUUGGUCGGACUACGACAAAUUUCUUGAUCGAAUCGUCGAAAACAUCAUUCAGAAUGAGAUGACUGCCGGUUUACACAUCGACAUAUGGAAUGAGCCCGAAUGGGGAUUCUGGAAAAGGCCUCAGUCCCAAUGGCUUGACCUGUUCGGUCGGACAUACCAUCGCUUUAGGAAUGAUCCGCAAUUGAAUAACAUUCCUAUCAUUGGUCCUUCCCUGUCCCUACCUCCAAGUGAAGAAAACACGUGGUGGACCAACUUCCUGAGAUAUGUUGCAGCCAACGGAACUGCACCGGACCACUACUCAUGGCACCAUAUUGAAUCCCUUGAAAAUCCAGCAAACGACUUGCAGAACAGCCUUGCUACCUUUGAUCGAAUGCGCAAUGCCGCAGGGGCACCCGCACGGAAGAUCAACAUCAACGAAUACUUGAAUCUAGGAGACGAGCUCAAUCCGGCUGCUACGGUAUGGCAUUUGUCAAGACUCGAGAGAUACGAUACACCUGGCCUGCGCGCGAACUGGCGUGGCGGGCCCAACGGAAGCCACCUGCGGGACUUCCUGGCUAGUCUUAUCUGGCGUGAUGAUCCCCAGCUUCCGUAUCAUCCCAAUGGUGAUUGGCAGGCUCUUAAAUACUACAAGACGAAUAUGACGGGCCACCGUGUUGCUACGUCGGGAUCUAACGACCGCAAACUUGACGUGUAUGCCACCGUCGGCGACAAAGUCCGAGUACUUGCCGGAGUCAGAGUCAGGGAAGGCACGUGGGGCUUGACCGUGAAGAAUUUGGACGCGGUUGGAUUGCCUGCUUCUGGGCAGAUUGGAAUCCAGACUUGGGGAUUCACGUAUGUGAUUCCGGAAACGCUAUUGUUGCGGCCCUCUGAUAGAGGGGUUAUUACGUAUUCUUACGACAACAAUGAGGUGACGUUCCCUGUUCAUCAAUACGGAGAAGAUCUUAAAACAGCGUGGGCAUUCGAAAUACAAGUCUGA